ACUAUACAUGAAAGUUGGUUCGGUUUUAUUUUUAUUAUUUCUACAUAAUUAUUAAAACGAAAUUAAAAACAGUAAAGAGUAGAAGAUGCGUACAAGCUUAAGUAUUGUGGGUACUAAAGCAAUUGCAAUCAUCAGUUGUAUGAGCCAGGAUUCAAAAUCAUCUUAAUGUUUAGUGUUAUAAAACUUUGUGAGCAGCUAGGCUUAGGCUAUGACUAUUGAUACUAAGCAAGUAUGCAGUAUCGGAUCAACCAGAGAUCUAAAAGGAUAUAAAAUUUGUAGACUGUAACUUAUUAUCUAAAAUGGAUCCAACUACAUACAGGGUUGCAUUGGAAAAUGGCUUAAAUUUAAAGGAGGUUCUUACAAGAGGUUCAAUUCUACACAUUAAUGAAGGAUAUGAAGAUUUAGAUGACCACUUAGAACCAGAAACAAAAGCCAGAAAAACUUUUGAAUACAUAGGGCAACCUGUGAAGUCAUUUCAGGAACUCAAACUGGAUCCUGUGGAUGAGAAAGGAUUUAUAAAAAAGAGAAUUAUUGAAGAAGGAGGAGGUUUACCUUUAAAUGAUGAAAAUACUGUUUCAAUAGCAUAUACAGGUUAUUGGGAAAAUGAAAACGAACCAUUUGACCUUGUUAAAAUUAAUAAGCCAUUAGUUGUGGAUCUCAAAGAUAAUGGUUUAUUGCCUGGUUUACAAUUAGCAAUCCAUUCUAUGCUUGUUGGAGAACUAUCAUUAUUUCUUCUCUCCUAUGAAUUAAUGUAUGGUGAAAUGGGAAUUCCACCGAGGAUCAAACCUAAAGCAGAUUGUAUAUUUUACAUUAAGUUAAUUAAAAGCAUAAUUACUCCAAAACAAGGGCCUAUUAAUUUCUCUGAGGCGAACAUAUUUAACAGAGUUCAUCAUGAAGUUAAAUUAUUAUACAGUUCUGGACUUACAUUACAUAAAACUAAGAAUUACAUGGCAGCAGCACAAGUGUUCAGGAAAAGUGUGUCUAUGCUCCAUAGGUGUCGCUUAGCAGAUGAAGAUGAAGAGAAAAUUCAAGAAAAACUACUUAUAAAGUUAUACAGUAAUCUAGCAAUAUGUUACAAUAAAUUAAAGAAGCCACUUCAAGCAUGUACAUCAUGUAAUGAAUUAAAUAGACUUAAUAGUCUUUGGAAUAAUAGUAAGAUGCUAUUUCAAAAUGCGAAAGCACUACGAAUGAUUGGUCAAUUCAGUGAAGCAGAAAAAAGACUUCGGAGUGCACUAAAACUGCAGCCGAAUAAUGAAGAACUGCAGAUAGAAUUGGAACUAUUACUACAAACUCGAGACUCUUGUAAACAGAUUACUUUGAUUGGAAGGGAAACCUUAGAACCAGUAAAUGACAACUUUAAGCGAGAAGUAGAUACCCUUAUAAUAAAUUUUAAGAAUAAUGUCAAUUUAUGCAAGCUCACACUACCAAGUGGCUUAAAUAAAGAUGAAAUGGACUAUGUAAAAGAAGCUUGCAUCAGGGAAAAUUUAUUUUUCAAUGUUAUACAAAAGAAUUAUUUCCUAGAUAAAGAUGUUUUUAAUGAUGUAAAGGAGAGAGAUGAUCCAUUGUGGACUUCACCAGACUGACUAAUAAAACUGUAUAAGAAAUAAUGUUACAUUAGCUUCAUUAUACCCCUUAAGUAUAUAGCUAGAGUAUGAAAAUCAAAAAUAGUACAAAAAAUUGAAACAAACUAUAUUUCAACAAAUUAUAUUUCAUAUUUCCGUAAUUACAAUAUUCCGUAAAACUAAUAAUGACUACAUAGUCUAUCGGCGGAACCACACCUUUUUAUUGAGUCCUUAAAAUGCAACACUUAUCAUGAAUUAACUGAAA